AUGCGCGCAGGCGACGCGCUGGAUGUCGACGCGCGCCUCUCUGGGUCCCUGCCGCAUGCGGAGUCCCACGGCCUCGGCCACGGCCUUGGCGACAUGAACACCGUACAGCUCAUGGCCUAUGCGGAAUGCAGCGGUCAGGGCGGCGGCUGCCACACAGAGGGCGCAGGGCAUGUCGGUGCACACAGUGAGGAAUCACAGCGGCAGCAGCAGCAGCAGCAGCACCAGCACCAGCACCAGCACCAGCAGCAGCAGAAGCUGCUGCGGCAGCAGCAGCACCAGCAGCAGCACAACCAAGGACCGGCGGAUCAGCAGCAGGGGCAUCAGUGGCAGGAUGAGCAGCAGCAGCUAAAGGGAGAGGAUGACGGGCAGCAGCCGGAGCAGGCGCCGCUCCUUGUGGCGCCAACUAAUGCAGCACCCGAACAGCUUUCAAAUGGCGAGUUCUCACUGCACCUGCCGGUCGCGCGGCAGCAGCAGCUCUCGCAUUUACUGGUCCACGACAGCCUGCGCGUCUUCCCUGUUAUGCCUGACCACGUCAGCGGUUUUGAGGGGCCCGUCGUCGAUGUGCGCAAGGUGGACGAGCACUCAGUGGAUGUGCGGCUGACGCAGGGCUUUCGAGCCGAAUUCGCCGAGCCGCUGACCGCCAUCCAUGCGCGCGCCGUGGCGGCGUUCCGGCGCGACGAGGCGGCCGCGGGCGAGGGCGGCGGCGGCGCGGGCAGCGGCAGCUGCCGCCGCGGCGCGGCCGCCGCGGCGCCGUGCAUGGUGGUGGAGCAGCCUGACGAGGGGGAGGGGGCGGCGCAGGUGCUGCACCGCAAGGCGCGGCCGAUACCUGCAGCGUGCAAGUGCUGGGUGGACGAGGCGUCCGACACGGCGUCGAUAGGGGCGGCGGCGCACCGGCGGCGCGGCAGCAUACCCAGCAGCGGCGGCACUACGCCAGCAGGCUCUCCGCCCGCCUCGACGGGCGCCGAGGCCAGGGGCGGCAGCGACGGCAGCGGCAGCGACGGCAGUGGUGGCGGGGAGGGCUCAUCCCUGGCACCGACCGCCGGCGUGGGGUCCCCAGCGGACCGCGGCGCGUCGGAUGGCCCACAGCGUGAAGAGGCGUCCUUCUCAGUGAUGCUGAAGAGGCCGCAGGGCGGCCGCCACCCGCAGGGCCCGGCCCCGGCACAGCAACCGGCCGGCGGCGCGUUUGGUCAGCUUGCGUUUCGCCCCCUGGACCUCGCCCUCGCGCCGCCCGUUGUGCUGUCCCCGCUUGGCGCCGGCCGCGCCAGGUUUGCGCCGCGCUGCGAGUGGGAGCUGGAUCCCCGGAAGGUCCUUAUUGGGCGGCGGCUGGCGGUCGGCGGCUUUGCAGAGGUCUUCAUCGGCAAGUAUGAGGGCACGGUGGUCGCGGUCAAGCGCCUGCUGGCGCACGAUCCGGGCACCAUCGAGCGCUUCACAUCUGAGGUCAUCAUGCUGGCGCGCGUUCGGCACCCCAAUUUGAUCCUGUUCAUCGGGUUCUGCACCAUGCCAGAGCUCUGCAUCGUCCAGGAGUACAUGCAGCGCGGCAGCCUCUACAACGCGAUCAGCGCUGCACGCGGCCCCGAGCCCGCCGCCGCGCCGCCCUUGCCCUCUCCCUCGCCCGCGGGCCGCGCCGGGCCCGCUGCCGCCGAGCCGCUGCGGCCGGCCGCGGCGCUGGACCCCAAGCUGCAGCGCGCCGUCGCCGUCGGCGUCGCGCGGGGGCUCGCGUACCUGCACACGCGCAGCCCGCCGAUCCUGCACCUGGACCUGAAGUCGCCCAACAUCUUAUUGGACGACCGGGGCCGCGUAAAGCUGGCAGACUUUGGGCUGUCGCGCGCGCGGUACCGGACGUACCUGUCCACCUCAGCGCAGGCGAGCGCGGCCGGAGGCAUGUGCAGAGCGUUUUGCGGUCCGGACCCGCGCGACCUUUGA